CUCCAGUCUCGACUCCCCGAGCGUGCGGUCGACAUGGCGCUCCGUUGACGCGACUCGCGAAAAUACGUGUCUGUGCUGUGACAAACCUUUCAAUCAACAUUACUCACUGCGCGGAUAUUUAAUAUCUGCAAGAUGUACAGGCGUAGUGGCGCUAUGUGGCGCGCCGGCUUCUUGGCUCUGAGUGGACUGUUAGCCGCUGCCUUAGCUGGUCCACUUGGUCCGCUUCCGACAAACAUAACGAGUUUGGAACUAGGCAUCAAAGAAGGGAGUUGCUCGGUGGGCGACGUGGUCUACAUGCCGGGCGAUGAGUUCGUGGGCUCCAGCCCGUGUGAGAGGUGCAGCUGCGACGGUGGCGCCAUCCACUGUGCCAAGCAGCGCUGCGAACCCAGGCCCGGGUGCAAGGCGCUGCAUAGACCUGACCAUUGCUGUCCUACCUACCAAUGCGAAUGCGAGCAAGAAGGUCGAGUGUACGGUAACGGUGAGAAGUUGGUAGACCCUGCAGACCCAUGCCGCGUGUGCUACUGCCAGGGUGGGGAGGUGGUCUGCCGCAGGAUCGCCUGCUUCGUCAGGGAUGACUGCCAGCCCAGGCUGGUGCCGGGCCGAUGCUGUCCAGAGUAUGAUAACUGUCCGCUCAGAGGUGUUACUUCUAUUCCUGGAAUGGCGCCAACAAUAUCAAGCACCCCAGAAACAAGUGAGGUUCCUGCUCCCGUUGUGCCUAAAGAAAAUAUUGAGCAAAAGAUUACUAUCAAGGAAAUUACGCCCGUGUCAGAAAUUCCAGUCAUCACAGAAGUAAAAAUAAAAGAAAUCUUGCCUUCUCCAAGCAUAGAAGUCGCAGAAUAUUCUUCAUCGAAAUCUCCGUUAAUUCCAAGAGAAGCCACUACUGAAAAAAUUGCUACAUUGAAAUUAGAAUCGACCGAGACCCCUGUAGUAAUCGAAAUUCACAAAACAUCUGUACCUGCUGUAAUUUCUUCUGUGGCACCUGAAAUAACUUCAGCCAGCGAAAGCCUAUCUGUGAGCAAAAAUGAUGAUGCAAAUCCUUCUAAAAUAAGUCUGUCUACGCAAGAUUCUAUUAACAGUGAGAUCUAUCCAUCCAACUUGCCCAGUCUUGCAACCCUGAUAUCAUCUUCUUCUUCUGCAGCAUCGGAGACACCAGAGCCUAUAUUUACCAAAUCACCCAUCAUUAUAGAAGAGGAAGAAGCACCGAUUGAUCAUAAUCCUGCAUUCCCUCCUUUGCCUGAUGAUUUGUCCGUUCUAGCUAAUCACGAUGAUGAAAUUGUUUCUGAACAAAAUAUGGAUAGUGAUCAUGUAUCUAGCGUUCAAGAAGCUGAAAAUUUUGCGUUUAGUACAACAUCUAGUCACGCUCCAUUAACAAAAGAAAUUCAAACAACCACGCAAUUUGUAGAUACGUCUACAGCAUAUGAGAAAACUUCUGAAGAAAAUAAAGAAUUAACAAGUAUACGAACUGAAUUAACGAGCACUGCAACGCCGAUCGUAAAAGAAAAUUCUAUGCUUAAUCUCAGAUCUGCUAUACCAACUGAAAUUUUAAAUUCACCUUCGUUUGUACCUGAAGAGAUAACAGGUGAAUUAGACGAAAUAGAAUCAACAACGACUAGUCAAUCGGAACCUAUUGCUUCUACAUCGGCAUUUGUUGCUACUUCUACCACAGCCAGUAAUAAUAUUGGGGCAUUUAUUACUACUGUUAGUACGAAUGAACUUAAAAAUUUAUCAACCUAUUCUUCAACUUCUGAUGAUAUAUCAACAUCAAUAACAACGACUUCUACUGUUAAACCAGAAGAAGUGACCUCUUCUACUGAGAGAUCGAAAAUUUUACAAGAACAGACUACGAGUUCUAUAGUUAGAUCAAAUAUUGCUACUGAAGUAACAUCUCAUACUGAAAUUAGUUCAUUGCCUGUUGAAACUAGUGACCAAAAUCCUCAUGAAGCCCCAGACAAUAUUGUUAAAGAUAAAAUUGACGUAUCUACAUUAGGUACCACACCUGUAGAUGAUGUAUCACCAACUAAAAUAUUCAGUAUUGAACCAGAAGUUAUAACUGUAUCUAAAACAAACCAUGCAGCUACUGAUAAUCUGUCAACGGAAAUAAUAGAAACAACAGAGUUUGUUUUGACAACAUUUGGUUCAUCUGAAAGUGCCACAGAUGCAGUAGAAUUGAUAAAAAUAUCACCGGAUACGGAAAAAAGCGCCGCUUUCAUCGAACCUGCUGUAGAAACGAAGAAAAAUAGCGUAUUGACAGAUCUUAUUAAUUUGGUAGGUGACGUCGCUUCGAUCAGUGACCAUACAGACGAAACAGUAGAUACUGCGAGAGCCACAGCUGCGUCUACUGUUUCGGGGAGCAUAUCUGAUUCAGAAGAACUAAUACCCGUCAACGCUGGUUACAAGAGCAAAAAUAGAAAUUGGAAUCUAAACUCAAUCACUGAGAUUCCGCCAAAAAGUAAAAAUCAAGCGGCAAUUACUAAACAAAAAGUAAUUGAGAUUGAAGAUGAAGAUGAAACGGAGAGUAUUACAGACCAUUCUCCCCCAAACGACAGGGUUGAGCCGACGACGCGACGACCAAUCAUUGAUAAUGUUACUGAUGACAUGGUAGCGGACAAAACUAACAAAACUGACAUUGAAAUUAUAAAGCAAACUUAUGUGCCGACAGCUGGUAGUCGUCCUACUAAAGUAGUACUGAAACAAGAGAAGUCUACGCAGGAUACAUCAAUGAAAACUAAUCCUACAUCGUCGCCCAUAGUAGAUACAACUGCUGAUCUGAAAGUUUCUGCACCCAGCGAAGUGGCGUCCGUUGGAACUCCUUCUGAAGUCAGUGAGAGGAGAGAAUCUCUUACGAGUACUGCAAGUUCUGCGCAGUGAGAACCUAAAAUACUUCAAUGUCGAUGGAACCUCAGCUAAUUAGCAUUUGUAGUGAAUAAGUUUCGUUCUUGAAACUGUAAGUUUACGUAGAGACUAUUAGUUUUAUGAGUUAUUAUACGAUAGCCCUAUCGUGAAACGUUAAUUGUAUUCCUUGUCAAUUCCUACCCCUCCAUGGAAAUAACUUCCUCGGGGUUUAAUUAUUACUCGUAAGUAGACGGCCGGCAACGACCGGUCUUAUCCAAUGUGUAUUAAAUGGACAAAUUGUUAAUAAUACAAACUUACGGUAAGGGCGCGUGAUUAGAGGUUGGGCGCUCACGCGUCGAUCGCAUGUGUCAAAGUGUAGAGAUUAGUCCAUAGCUCUGUGUUAGGACGUAAGUUAUUUAUUUGUUUAGUGAGAGAAUCAUGAGUGAUCGAUAUGUAAGCAACUAAGCUAGUCACCGGGGCGCCUCGCCGCGGGCGUCCCUCGCCGCGUUGCCAUUAUACUAGCUACGUAUAUAAAGACAUGACAAACAGACAUUGCCCUCGGCAUCCCAUAGUUUUAAUUCAUGAGGUGGACGAUGAACAAACCGCCGCGAUGCGCGUCGGUCGCAACUAACAAAAUUUGGUACAAAUCGAAUUUGAUAUAUCAACCUUAUGAAUAUACAUUUAGGGGUAGUUUUAGAGUAAUGAAUGUGAUCGCACAUAUGUCUAUUUAUUGCACUUGAUGGCGGUGUACCGGAUGGGGUCUGAUUGGAAGGUCGUGGUCGUGGAAGGGCGCGUGUAUUUCGGUCCGGUACAAGUGGAGGGUAUUACUUAUAUUAAAUCUAAUUUGAAUUUCUUAUGCUUCAGUCGGUUUAGAUUGCUCAGUUGACCAUUCUUGCCCAUAUUUUUUGUACCAGUACCUUUAUACACGCGCAAACGAAGGCUCAAUGUAGUGUAAGUUAUUUAUUGUACUACAUCGACAAGGGUGUCUGUGAAUGGGUCAUUUCAAAUUUUGAAAUCUCUACAAGAAAAUUGAGGGGCAGAAUCAGAAUAAUCUGAUUGAAUUUAUCAGUAGAGACUUUAUUCCUUUACUUUUACAGUAUUUACCUAAAUACGUGAAUGUUACUACGUCAAUAUUGCAUCAUUACCUUUGUUGACGUUUAUGUCAAAUUUGUUUAAUACUGGAUUUGAUUAA